AUGCUUAUCGCUACAUUCCUCUCUAUAGAUGGUUUUAAAUAUUGUGCUAUGGUAUUUGGUAGACCUUUGCUAGCUCCAGGUUGCAUUGCUCGUAAAAGCGAUUCUUACGCUGAGGCCUGUUUAAAUACCAUUUUGUACAAAAAUCCAAGAGAAGCAUUAAUUGAAAUGAAUCGUCAAAUAGUAGAAUGUGCUGGUAAAGAGGGUUUUAAUGUAGAUGCAAGCUCACGCCCGACACCAGAUAUUUUAAAGAAAAAAGUUAUCUGUUUUAAAGAAAAUUCAAAAGUCAUGGCUAAAUUUACUGGACUUCUUCAACAAACAUUUGCAGUGAUUCAAGCUUUAGAAUUUUCUAGUUCAAAAGGUGUUGAUAAUUUAGCUGCUAUUGAAAAAGCUUUGCUACAAUAUUUAACAACAUCGAGUGAAGAGAUUCUGAACAAUAUAAUGCAGAUGAUAACUGAAAAAGAAGAAAUGAACUACAAAAUGGAAGAGAUAAUAAUUUUCCUGGCAUUUUUUUACAUGUUAUCUGGGGAAACCAACUUUGCUAAUGAAUCUGCUAUGCAAGCUACCUCAACCUAGCGAUAAUCCUGUCAUAUUCAUCAUUGUACUUGGUGGAGUUACACCAUCAGAAAUGAAAAUUGUUAAUGAGUACGCUUCUCGUCACAAAGAAACAGAAAUAUUUCUGGGAUGCACUGAAGUUUAGUCACCUUCUAAUGUAUUGAAAGAUAUUAGAAUGAUUGUAAAAAAUCUAUCCAAGAAUGCAUACAAAAAUCAGCAUUCAACUUAAAAUUCCAAAUUUAAUUUAUGUUAAAUUUUGUAUAUAAAUUGCAUGUAUUGUUAUAAAUUUUCAUUUAUUGUUUAACGAUUGAUAAAUAAAUAUUUUUUUAUU